UCUCGUGGUCGGUGCUUACUGUUUCCGGAACUAGGUUUUCGUGCAGAGCUCACUUUGGCUUCUCUUUUGGAUUUUCUUUUGUCCGUUUCACGGCUCUCCCUCUGGCUCCGUCUCUUGCUCACCAUGAUAGUGUUGGAACUUAGACCCCAUUCUCUUUCUCUUUCUCUCUCUCUCUCCACACCAACACCAAAUAAUAGUUCAACGAAGAGCGGGCUGCUCCUCAGAGGUUGGAUUCUAAAUUGAGGGAGAAACCUUACGCCAGGUUCGAAGGUUAGGAAUUCCUCAAAUACAGUCCCAGAUCUAGUGUGUAGUUCCAUAGCUUCUCAUCUAUAUGGAGAUACGCAACUUUUCCAGAUGGACGAUUUCCUGGGAUGAUGAGUGGCUUGAUGUUGCUGUAGUAGCAUCACUUUCGUGGGCAAAGUUCGAGGGUUUUGUAGACACCAUCCUGAUUAGUGUCAUUCUUUGAUACCAUCUGCAAAAGUGAGAAGACUUUUGUCCACCUCUCUUCAUUCCAACCGUUAGCACUUUUGCUGAUCCUUGAGGUUUAUUUGGCAAAGGUUGUUUUUGUUUUGACCAUCUGCAAUUCCAAGCACAGCAGUUCAAGGACAAAGUGGCCUUGACCAAUUUAAAUGGGUUAAGUUUGAGAUCGAGCUGGAACAAGGGCCCGAGCUCUUGCUUGAGGGAAGAACGCGCAUCAAAAUGGUAGUUCGAGUACUUGACUUUGGGAGACUAACUAACUUGAAUUAGAGAAAUCAAUGCUCGACUUUUGAGCAAGAUAAAAGACGCCAUGUCCAUGCAAUGGAUGGGAGGAUGACCAUCUCUCUUUGCUCCAUUCGUUGGGAAUCUGGUCCAUGUGUAUUUGUCCACACUUUCAUCAUUGAUUUUUCAUACUUCAUAACUUUUGCUAGCAUUUGUUCGUCCAGAGUCAAGUUCGUGAAGAGGCUUCUUCUGACAGGCAGAGAGACACAAAGCUCAUGAGUUGCACCGUGAGGUUUAUGUUCAGAGCUGCAGUACAAGCAGCCAAGCUCUCACUGCAACCAAUUCGUGCAGUAUGUCACACAUCACCACUAGGGGUCAAUCAUCCGGAGCUGAAUCUACGAGCGAACAUGCCUACAAGCAGCCAGACAUGAUUCUAGCGGCGAAGAAAGGGCGUACUAUGUCACAGAGCACUAAUCAGUGGCGGAUUGACUUGAUUGUGCCACGCACGCUCCCAGGUUGGACGAUCCCACUUUGGGUCAUAAAGAGUUGCACGCUUCUCGAGGCCAAGUAUGACUGGGGAAUGGGUACAAGACGCGGUUCACAAAUGUCAACAGAACACUUUUCUCUUACGUUCCAAUUCACCUGAUCACUGCACUGUUUAAGUCCAGAAGCUACCUUGAAGGGGACAUUACAACUCUCCACAAAAUACAGUUUAUGGAGAGUCCAGACGAAGACCUCCUCUAGUUUGGAUAUCGAACGAAAUUCGUAAGAUCAUCCUGUGAGUAUACUCAUAGCUGGCUAUAUAAUACUCACAGCCAGGAAGAGAUCCCAACUCUCGAGGAUUGUUGUUACGUGUAUCAGAUAAGCAAGUGAACUAGCAAGAUUUUUAUACAAACUUCUAUAUAUGUGAGAUGAACUGAAAAAGAAAGGAUCAAUGGACUAGUUCAAGACUUCGACAUUCUUGAACCCGAUGUUUCAAUUAAGUACUUGCAAUAAAAGUACUCGGCCUGAACAAUGUAAGUGGACGCGGGCUCCAAGAAGAAUACAGCUCAAACCAACUCAAGGCAAAUCCUAAAAAUUACACCUUCCGUUGAAGUUGAGUUGCCUUAUCUGAAUCUUAAGAUCGUAACAAAAGUCUCACCAAGUUGGGGGAAAAAGUGUACAUCUUGGAUUCGACCUGUAUAAAAAAAAUUACAAUUUUGUGGAACUACUUGUAAAACUCGAACUCUGUGUCUGACUUCUUCACAUUCGAUCUAUAUCCCUUUUCAAAAUCCUUCGGAAGGAUUACAUAUCGAUUUUUCCGAACGGCAUGCAUUCCUGCCUCUUGACAUAUUGCAGAUAU